CGCGCGGUCUCAGCUAUGAUUCCCAAAGGUUUCUGGGAAGGACAGACUGAUAUUCAAGGAAGGACUACGAAUCCCAGCAAGCAGUUCGCGACACGAGGGCGCAGAAGGAGGAGGAGCUCGGAGCCGUCGGGCCCUGCGGAACCAGAUGCAGCUGCCAUCUUGCUAGAUGAACAGAACAAGAGGCCGUGCAGGAAGUUUCUACUGACAGGCCAGUGUGACUUCGGCUCCAACUGCAGAUUUUCCCACAUGUCAGAGAGAGACCUCCAGGAGCUAAGCAUCCAGGUGGAGGAGGAGAGGCGGGCCAGGGAGUGGCCACUAGAUGUCGUCGAGCUCCCUGAGGGCCAUCUGGAAGACUGGUUGGAAAAGAGAGCCAAGCGGCUGAGCUCAGCUCCAAGCAGCAGACAUUCACUGAGUGGCCUCCCUGCGCCAGGCCUGGCUCUGGCUCCUGGGGGACAGAUGGACAUCACCCCUACCCCCUGGUCUCUUCCAUGUGAGAGCUCCAGUCCCACAGGGGAGAUGCGAGCUCUCGGGGCUGAACCCAUGAGAACCACCAUCUUCCAGUACCCCAUAGGCUGGCCACCAGUCCAGGAGCUGCCUCCAUCCCUGCGGGCACCCCCACCCGGGGGGUGGCCCCUGCAGCCCAGUGUCCAGUGGGGCUGAGCCCCUCAUCCCCACCUGACCCCCAUCUGGGCAGCCUUCGUGUCAGUCACAAUAAAGAUAAGGGCUCCUACUGGGGAUGCUGAGGCCCUCGCCUGCUGCCUCCCGUAGAGCUUCUGAAGCCAUCGGCUCAGACUGGCUGGACAGAGGCCCCAGAGUCGCCCUACCAGGUACAGCCCCGAUCUGAGCUCUACUCUAGGCAGCUCCUCCCUCCCACUCUCAUGGGACAUCCUGAGAAGACGGGUGAGAAAACUUCCUUCUGGAUGUUCAUAAAGAAAGUCUGUCACCGUGAUGGUCUGGCUUCCUGCUCGCCCGGCGCCCUCAGCUUCACGCCUCCGCCCCUGGUCAGAGGACGGGCGGGACUGGCGUUGAGAUGAGGCCCUCUGCUGGGUGAGGAGUGCUGUUGCCCUUCUCCCAGUAGGGCCGGCAGAGGCUCAGCACGGCUGGGCAGAGGGUGCACCAGUGUGGCUGGGAUGGUCACCCCGAUGAAAGGGGGCUCCAGACCUGGGAGAGGAGCUCGAGGACUCAGUCUGCUGUCCCAGUCCCCGCAUCUGCCCAAGCCGAGCUGGUGCCCGAACGAGAGAUGGCACAACGGGGGCACGGUGGGAGCUGUGUCUCUGGCCUGGACAGUAUAGGGAAGUUGGGGGCCCCGGGAAGACAGGCCCUGGACUUGGGGGAGCGGCCUGACUGAGCUUCCUGGCACCGGCAGUGCGGGGCUACACCAGCCCCUCGGCCCAGCAUGACACAGGGCCCCUCCCAAGGCUUGUGCCCGGGAGGAGCCCCCCGGACUGAUGGGGAGAUCACACAGGCUGUUCAGGCGAUGUGGAGGCUCCAGGCCCCUGGUCUGCUUCCCUCCUCACUGCACUCCAGUUCUAGAUUCUGUGCUGGGUGGUGGCCAGUGCGGUCCUCGACCGGGGGGCUUAAAGGGCACAGAGACUGCAGGGCCACCUCAGAUGCCCCAUCUGCUGUGAGCUUUUGCCCUUCCUAAAAAUCCCUGUUGAAGGGGGUACUGAAUCCAGAGGCCCUCUGAGCCUCAGGCUCCUCAACUGUGAAAUGGGCAAAUUCUCCGGCCCCAGUGGGUGCAUAGAGGAAGGCUGGGCUUGAGUCUAAGGAGGGUCAGAGAAAGGGACCCACAGAGGGCCAGGGGCCUCCUCAGGCUUGGCCAGCGAAUAGCGCCCGGGAGACCCCAGCCUCACCCCCUCUCCAGGAGGAAGCCUCCUGCCCCCAUCUCCACCCUGCACACAGCCCUGGGCAAAUCUCAGGGACCAGGGUCAGGUUGGCUGUGUGGCCCUGGGCACAGGGUGCCUCCUUCCCGCCUAAGUGACCACAUCCGCUACUGGACCCUGUACAAAUGCUUCCUAAAUUUCCCAGGAGCCUCUGGACAGUGGGAGGGAAGAGUUAGUGCUACAUACAGGCCAGGGUGGGCAGGGUGCAGGCGGGGCCGGGGGCUGUCCUCAGAGCCCCCGUCAGGCCCUCCGCAGCCGGGCCUCGGCCCCAUGCAAGGGCCCGCAGGGGCAGGUAGGGUGGGGUUGCCAGACGUCCUGGCAUCGAAGGACACGCGGCAGUGGCCCCGGGAGCC